AUGGCUUCUAAUCCGGGAAUGACACCAGACCAAAUCGCGCUCAUUAAGGCGACGGUACCGGUUCUCGUGGAACAUGGCAACACCAUCACGACUGUCUUCUAUCGCAACAUGAUCGAAGCCCACCCGGAGCUGAACACCGUUUUCAACAGUACCAACCAGGCCAAUGGGCAUCAACCACGUGCGUUGGCCGGUGCACUCUACGCAUAUGCAUCGCAUAUCGAUGAUCUCGGCGCACUGAGCUCGGCGGUUGAGUUGAUCUGCAACAAGCAUGCCUCCUUGUAUAUCAAGCCCGACGAUUACAAGAUUGUUGGCAAGUACCUCCUCGAAGCCAUGGGCGAGGUGCUCGGCGCGGCAUUGACCCCAGAAAUCCACGACGCAUGGGGUGCAGCCUACUGGCAGCUCGCAGAUAUCAUGAUUGGCCGCGAAAAGCAGCUUUACGAACACGCCGAGGGCUGGACUGACUGGAGAGAAUUCAAGAUUGUGAACAAAGUCAAAGAAUCCGAGGAAAUCACAUCCUUCUAUCUCGCCCCUGUCGAUGAAAAACCACUGCCGGCCUUCCAGCCCGGCCAGUACAUUUCCAUCCAAACCUACGUCCCGGCUCUCAAGCACUUGCAGGCCAGACAGUACUCUCUCAGCGACCAGCCGAAGCCGGACUACUAUCGCAUCAGUGUGAAAAGAGAACUGGGCCUCGACCCAGCCGCUCCAGGUGCCGCCGCUCAUCCGGGUUACAUCUCGAAUCUGCUACACGAUACAUUCAACAUCGGCGACAAACUCAAUGUCUCCCAUCCCUACGGUGACUUUUUCCUUCCCCCUGUCGAGUCGGAAGCAGGCAACCCAAUCGUGUUGAUCUCCGCCGGUGUGGGCCUAACACCACUGACGUCAAUGUUGAACACAUUGAUUUCCAAAUCACCGGCAACGCGCAAGCUGCAUUUCAUUCAUGGCGCACGUUCAUCGCGCGUGCGUGCUUUCAAGUUGCACAUCUCCGAGCUUCCAAAGGAAUUCCCCUCCAUUCGAACCACAUUCUACACGAGUCAUCCUUCCGAGGGAGAGGUGGAGGGCGUGGACUACGACCAUGCCGGGCGGGUGGACUUGACGAAGUUGCAGGAUCAGGACUUGUUCCUGGAUGAUGCCAAGACAGAUUACUAUAUUUGUGGACCCGGAAAGUUCAUGACCGAUAUGGAGUCGAGUCUCAAGGCCAGGGGUGUGAGUGCCGAUCGCAUCAAGAUGGAAUUGUUCGGAACCGGAGGUAUUCAUUGA